UUUUCGUUUCGUUUCAGCAAGUCAGUUAAAUUGUAAUGUUAAAAUUUUCUGUGAUGUAGUUACAAUUAAUGUGCGGUUAUUUUAGUGACUUAUCAUGGCCAAGGGAAGUGGCAAUAUUAGAGGUAGAUCCUCUGAUGCUUCCAAGCCGUACGACGUUUCCAACUCUUUUGUCAAGAGGGUGGCUUCACGAGUGACAGAACUGCUACCUCAGCCGACUUCGUGGUUAUCUCGUUGGAUGUCUCCCUCCGAAGUACCAAACACUAGUGACUUUGUCGGACAUUCACUGUCUUCGACAAUAACUUCUCGUCCGCCUGCCACGUCUAGAGCAGAACUGAACAUUGUAGACAAUGUUGACCAUGCACCGGUUGCCAAAAAGCCGAGAACCAACCGUUACAACUCACCAGUGAACCAAAAGUUUCUAAAGAAUGAUCAAUAUGGCGCAGAAGACAUAAGUCCGAUCGCAGUGAGGGGAGGAGGGGAGCCAGUAGCUGGUCCGAGCACGCGUGAAACUCGGCCAGAACUGAUAGCUUCCACUCCAGCUAUGCCACAGCAGAUGACAGCUAAAGUCAAUGGUGAUGACUGUUCAGAAACUAGUGAAUCUACAAGUGGUUGUUCUUCGCUAGUUCCGCAAGCACAAUCUUCGACCCGUAGUUUGGGUGGUAGCAGAUAUGGCAGAUCUAUACCUGGAGGCUCAACUCUUGAUGCCCUGGACAGAAGAAGACCCUCAUUCAAUACCACCACUUUCCAUUCACCACUGAGGGCGAGUAUGAGAGCCAGAAUGGGCAGUUCUCCGUUCUACUCGGGCCGCACAAUGUACGGAGGCUCAUCACAGGCGUACAACUACGCGCGUCUGGUGGAAUCGUCUCCGUCUAGGCAGGGAACGUUUGUGCGUCGCGUAGAACCAACAAUGCGGCCUGUGCCAUCGCAGCAGUCCAGCCUGCCACUUAGUUCCACAGCUAAACGGAUAUUAGACGCGUUGGAACAUUUCUCUACACCAAUGAUUGAUGCCAAGAAGAUGCCAGUGGUAGGCACAAAACGCAAGUUAGAGUCUUUGAUAAGGGCUCCACAACAGAGGUACACAGAGCUCAACAUCCCUUCCACACCAGACCUGCUGCGGGUCAAGCGGAGGGAGAGACUACAACAGAGCACUUUAGACGCUAGACAGACUGCAGCUCAGACUACACCUGUACCUGCUGCACCUGUGCCUGAGUAUACCAUCAGAAAUGAGGACACAGAUAGAAAGAAACAUACAGGGAAGGUGAAAACAAAAAAUACCCUAGAAAAAGAAGAAACUGUGACGGAAUUGAAUUUACCUGCUGCAGUUUUGGAAGUGAGAAAUCUUCCUAAAAUAGAUAUUGCCAUUCCCCCUCCCCCUAAACCAGUAGCAGUGUCCUCGCAGCCUCUUACAACAGCUGGUAGCAAGUUUGUGUUCUCUCAACCAACCAUAGUGACCAGUGUUGUGGUGCCAGUGCAUGUCCCCACAUCUACCUUCAUGUUUAGUGAGCCACUAGCCGACAACAGCAGUAAUAAACAUGUUCCCAGUAGUGAGACUCAAAAGUCGAAGAUACCUUCUGACGAGCUAUCAAGUAACUUAACAAAACAGGAGGGGGACAGUAAGAAGAAUGCCUUAAUUGAUACUGGCAUGGCCUCUGCUAUGAAAUCGACCUUUGCAGGCUCCGGCACUAGUACUAAUGCUUCCCCGAUGAAUACAAAAUAUAAAGUAGUUGUAGCAGAUGACAAGACUGUUAGUACAACACAAAAGUGGGUGUGUUCCAAUUGUAAAAAUAAUAAUUCAUCUAGCUUAGAAAUCUGCACAUCGUGUAAGACAAACAAAAGUUCAAAAACACUCAGUAGCAGCAAAAACAACAUCAAGUCUUCUACACCGAGUGGUUUUGAUAACUGGUUAAAAAAACCUGUUGGCAGUUGGGAAUGUUCUACUUGUUUAAUACUAAACAAAGGUGAGGCUAGUAAGUGUGUUGCUUGUGAAUCUUCAAAACCUGUGGCAAAAGAGAAAUCUGUCGAAAAAGUUGCCACUGGUACAGACAAGCUGUCAACAGUACAAGCUAAUUCAGAGCCUAAAGUGGUCAGUAGUGGAUUUGGGAAUCUAUUCAAAAAACCCUCUGGUGUGUGGACUUGUGACGUUUGUAUGAUUAACAAUGAUGCGGACAAAGUCAAAUGUGCUGCUUGUGAAACACCGAAACCGGGAGCAUCAGCACCAAAAGUUUCUGAGACUUCCUCUUCUGAGGCAAAACAAACUGGUAGUGGUUUUGGAAAUCUGUUUAAGAAACCCUCUGGUACGUGGACUUGUGAUGUUUGCAUGAUUAACAAUGAUGUGGACAAAGUCAAAUGUGCUGCUUGUGAAACACCAAAACCAGGAGCGACAAUUUCAACAGCCGCUGAAACUUCAGGUCCAAAAUUUUCUUUUGGGAUACCAUCAGCUGUUUCUGCCAGUACUAAGGUUGAACCUACCUUCAAUUUUGGAAUUCCAAAAGGGGACCAAACAAGUUCAAAUUUGAACUCUUCUUCAUUUAUGCUUAAGACAACAACUAGCUCAGAAAGUGCUCAGACUCCUGCUCCAACAUUUUCAUUUGGAAUUCCCAAAACAGAAGAUACCAGUUUAAAUUCUGUUACAAGUAGUACCAUUCCUUCAAAACCGACUUUUCAAUUUGGGUCAGGUUCUGUUCUAGCAAAAGCUCAAGAAACAAAUUCAUCAGCAGAAACACCUACUAAUCUGUUUGGUAACUUAUCAAAGAACUCAACACCAACACCAGAAGCUAAGAAACCAGUGGAAUCAGAAAAACCAACAUUCAGCAUCCCGACUACUCUUAGUACUAGUGUCAGCAUCAAGCCUGCAACUCCCGUCUUUGGUGUAAACACGGAAAAGUCAACGUCUGAAGAGACUAAGACUGCCAACACACCAAACCUCUUUGCAUUUGGAACUGGCAAAGCAGUCCAAAAUGAAGUUAAGACAUCAGAUUCAAGUUCUACUCCUAAACCUGCCCAGGCAGCUUUCAUGUUUGGUGCAAAACAAGAAGGGUACGGAAGCAAUUUACCAUCAUCUACCACCAAUACAUUGUCAUCAAGUUCACCGUCGAAUGUUUUCAAGUUUGGAGACACUAAGACUGUAUCUUCAGGAAGUGGGGCGACAUCAAUAUCUUCAGUUAGUACUCAAGCAAGUGUGAUGACUCCCACAACCAAUAAUAUGUUUAGUUUGAACGCAAACUCUGAGAAGAAAACUAUCACCUUUGGAACAACGCAGCCAAAGGAGACAGCAACAUCAGUACCUACCCCCACCACAGAAGCUAAACCAACAUUCGGUUUUGGAAAACCUAACAUGACUUCAACAUUUGGAAGUACAAAUACAUUUGGAAGUAGUAGGCCUACUUUGGUUACUAAUGAACAACAAGCAACUCCCUUUGCAACUCAAACCACUAAUAGCACUUUCGGCACAACAACUGCUAAUACAUCUUCUAGUACAUUUCCAUCAUUUGGACAAACAAAUGCUUUCCAGAAUGCACAACAAGACACUAAACCGUCACCAGUGUUUACUUUUGGUACAUCUGCUCCACAGAAUGAAUCUGCCCCUAGUGGUGGUUUUGUUUUCAAUCCCGUAUUUCCCUCUAACCAAACUCAACAUGACACUCAAAGUCAACCACUGUUUGGGUUCAACAACACACCAGCCUCCAACCCAGCUCCUUCACCGGCAUUCAAUUUCCAGCCCAAGUUUGGGUCAGCAGCUUCGGGUGGUUCUCUCUUCAAUGCCUCAGGAAGUACACCAGCUCCAGUUUUCGGGGCAACUUCGGCUCAGCAAGUUCAGUCUUUUGGAGAACAAGCGACGACAGCUCCAAUGUUCAAUUUUGGGUCUCAGUCAGCACAACAGCCCCAAGCUCCAGCCAACCCCGUGUUUGAGUUCGGAUCCAACCAGCAGCAGAAUGUAGCGGCUCCGCAGCCAGCCCCGACAUUCAUGUUUGGAGCAGCCUCCGCAGCUCCUGCAGCAGCCCCUACCAACCCUCCUGCCUUUGACCCUAACAUGAAGCCGACCUUCAACUUUACACAAGGCACUUCAACUCCUGUGUUUUCAGCAAUACCAACAGUCAACGCAACAGGGCCGCCACAGCCUACGAACAGAAAGAUCAGGAAGGCAGUGCGGAGGACAAACAUAUCAUCUGUUCGCAAUUGAACACAGAGUGAUUAGUUUUACAUAAUAUAAUUUAUUUUAAACAGCUUAUAUUCUAACAUAUAUGCUGAUGAGAGAAGAAAACGACAUCUUAAUGGAGAAUGAGUAUAAUGGUUGUGUUGGCUGUUUUAAAAUCUUGUUAUUUUUUUAUAGACUUAUAUACCUCUAAUUACAAACGUGUUUUAUGUUAUUUAAUUUCAUUUAAAAAUGUUUAUACACUAGUUAAGGGAGUAUAAUCUCUAAGAAUUAACAAGCUCGUACAAUGAUAUUCACAUUUUGUUGAAUAUUGUUAUAUAACAUAAAGUAAAAAGUUGAAUGUUUUUAUAUCCAUUGUAAAAGUGACCCUAGUCAGAUCUCUUAAAAAAAUUCCAGACACUUUUUUGUCACAUUAAAAAGUUAUUACCAAAGAGUUGGUUUGCAACUGAUCUUAAUGUUCUGUAAUUUAUUUAUAUAUUUUUAUAAGGUUUUCUAAAACUUAUUGUUACGUGUCGAUAUAACUUGAAGGGUGUAAAAUAUAUACAUACAACUUUUUUCUUACUUAAGUGGUCUAAAAUAUAAGAUCAUUGUGUACAGACGGAAUAAGUCAUUCACAUUUCAGUUUGGUAUGUGUUUUAUAUUUUUGUUUUAGCUUUCAAUUAACUUGUUUUUACCAUUGUAUGUUAUAAAAUUCAUCUUGUUGAGAGCUUUUUGUAACUUCUAUUUCCAUUAAAUGUGUAAACAUUUUACUAUCAAAGGAACUUACAGUAGACGCCUUUGUAUGAAUGUUUUAUCAUUCAAACUAUUAUUUACCUCAUUGGUGGUAUCUGUAUAACGAUAGACAGUCUUUGUUGGUAGGCCUGUGUAAAAUUUACACCUUAUUGCUGCCAAAAGUAAAGAAAAAAUUGGUCUGAACCAGGAAAAAUAUGGUGUUAAUAAUAUUGAUGAUGGAGUAAAACUCCACCUCCGAUCAUCCAAAUAAUUGGUGAGAAAGUUAGUGUUUGUUUCGUUAAAUUUGAUUGAAAACUUAAUGUACUGUAUAUACUUAGACUAUAUUGACAGUAAGAACAAAGUAUACAAAAGACAUACACUAUAUCUAUACACACAGUUUGUAUUUUGAUUUAACUAAGUAGCAAUAUUAAAAAGGGAGACAAAGAAGUCUUAUGUCUACACUACUCGUAAACAAUUAAACUUUGAAAUUUAUUUUGAAUAAUAUUUUGUUUUAUCUUCAGAUCAUCGGGAAAUCUAUUGCAUUUUGAAUAGGAACAUGAUAACAAAAUAGAUGGUUAGAGGGAGAGACUUCUGACAUGGGAGUUGAGGUACAAACCCCACCGAUCACCAUGGGGUGGAAAAGAUAAUUCCUCAGACAAAAAGUAAAUUAACUUGAAAUACCCAAGCUAUUGUGUCGUCAACCGUUGUACAAAUCGUACACAAUCAUAUCUGUAUUGUUGUCUUGGAGAUCUCUUUCCACCAAACAAUAAUUUUAAAAUAUAUCGGGGACCGGUUAGGUUAAAACAUCUCAAGUAAACAAGAUAUUGUAAAAAAAAAUAUAUUUUUUGUUUUAUUUACAACUUUCUACAUUACUGCUUUCUACAUUACUGCAGGUCUUUUUUCAACUUUUUUCUUAAGUGGUCUAAAAUAUAAUUACAUUGUGAACAGACAAAAUAAGUACCUACAUACACAUUUCAGUUUGGUAUGUGUUUCACAUUUUUGUUUUAGCUUUCAAUUAAUUUGUUUUUACCAUUGUGUCAUGAAAUUCAUCUUGUUGAGAGCUUUUUGUAAUUUAAAUUUCCAUUAAAAGUCUAAACAUUUCACCAUGAAAGGAACUUUGAGUCCAAAAAGUUGGAAUCAAUGUAUUGUGUAAACAUUUUUGGUUGAAAAUCUUCCUACUAAUUGCACAACAACUCUAACCAUUUAAAAAAUAUGUUUUUUUUACAACAUGUAAAGUUUUUAAAGGUUGUUAGAAAUUGUCUGAAUAAUUGAAUUAAAUUAAAAUCCUCUUGUUUCAUGUAGUAAGCAAACUUUACACAGAUAAAUUUUACACUAAUGACUAAAAAGUAAACAAAGUAAAAUUUUGCCAUCAUAAAAUUGUUCAUUAGUUAACAAUAUAGAUUGAUAACAAAUCUUAAAGCAGUUUUUUCGUUGUACAAAUUGUUGCAUACGAGAAUUUCUUUUGUAUAAAAGUACUAGUUAAGUACAGGAUAUUCUCUGUUGAUUGUAUAUUUAUUAUUUUACUCAAAAAAAUUGUUUAACCUAUUUCUCCACAUGACAAAUUUUUUGUGGUUUGUGUUUGUGAGACCCAUUAGGAGGCAUCUCAAGUUCUAUGAAAUAUAUUUAUCGACAAAAAUGUUUUUUAAAAGUUGAUUUAGAUAUAAUCGAGAUUGUAAAAAAAAAUGUGUUUAAAUAAACAAGGAUUGUGAGUAGGCAAGAUAUGUUAAGCAUUAGCUACGUUAUUAGAAUUUGAAUUGAAAAAAUAGAAUACCAAACAUUAUGUAUCUAGUUACAAAUAUGUAUCUGUACAAUACAAACUGUAAAUACAAAUUUAUUUGUUUUUUUUACAAUUUGUAAAUAAUUUCUAACCUUUUUUAAAAACACCACCUUCUGUGGUAACUUUUAUAUAACUGCAAUACAAUCCAUAAAACAUGUCUCCAUAUCUUUUUCCAUUCACUUUCUAAAAUAAAAUUCAAUGAAGAUAAUACAUGUUAGCGGCAUGUUAGUAGUUAUAUUUGUCUUGUACUUAAAAAAGAGCUAUCAUUUCUCACAUACUAGUUGAUAGCAAGAUUUAAAGUGAAUCUUAUAAAACGAUGACCAGCCCUUUUGAGUUUUUUAAUCCUAUGACAAAACUAUAAAAAACAGAAGAACUAUCAGUGAUAAUAUCAUCAAAUAGCUGGAAAAUUAGCAAACCAUAAUAUACAGAUAGAAAAAAAGGGGGGGUUGUGUGAAUGCUUUACAAUGUUUGACGAUGAAAUUCUCUCACUAUAGAGUAUGGUAAAAAAUUACAAAGAUUCUGUGAAAAAAACUCCAUCCAUUCUAAUUCAUUUAUAUAGUGUUUGUUAGCACGAUAACUUGAGCAAAAUGAAUCCAACUUUAAUGAAAUUUGUUACAAACGUGUAAGCCUACGUUUAUUCAAACGAGUUCGCAAACCAGCUUGAUUGGAUCAAAGAUACAGGGUUUUAUGGAGUAAAAAUUGGGUUUUCU